AAUCGUAAAUACAGAUCUUUAUAAAAGAAAUUAAGGAAGAAAUUAAGGUCAUCCAUAUAUAUAAGAUAAAGUGAUGUCGGGUGCACAAGGAACGAUGCCGCCGGAGUUGAAGACUCCGACGACGUACGAGUCGGUGCCGGGCGGAGAGAACAAGACGAAGACAGACCUACGUUCAAAGGAGGAUCAGGGUAUGAUUCAGGUAGAGAAAGAGCAGGACAAGGUCGAUGAUGAUAAUAUUGCUGGAAGAGUUGGCGCUGGCCCUGCCUUUGUUUUCGCUAAAGACCAGGAGAAGCAGGACCCCGGCGUUACUGGGACCGGCUAAUUUUCCUGCCCCUCUCUCUCUCUCUCUCUCUCUCUCUCUCUAUAUAUAUAUAUAUAUAUAUGCUGUAAACUUGUGUUGUAAUCUGCAGUACUAUGGCUUGCAUGCAUGCAUGCAUUUUAGUGUUUCAUGUAGAA